UGAAACGCAUCGACCUCUGUCGUGCAGACGAUGAUGGCGAGUCCAAACGUGAUCGUGGCCAAGCACGAGGUGGUUCAAAUCAACUACUGCUGUGGGACCAGCACCGUCACUGUCAGGACGGCGAAGAUAGUCAUGAUCACAGGCUGGGUUUUACUACUACUCGGAAUCGCCUUCGCCGCUAUCUGGAUCGUCGUCUUCGUCUCGGCCAAGCGACACUGCGAUAACACUUGCCAAUUUGCUGCUUCGAUGGGUAUAACGUGUGAUUGCCAAUGGAAUCACGGCCGAAUCGUCGGAUUGAUCCUAUCAGCCCAAACGAAGAUGCCGAGCCAGAGAGUGUUGCUGGCCGACCAUGAGGCAGUUCAACUCAACUACUGCUGUGGGACCAGCACCGUCACUGUCCAGACAGCGAAGAGGAUCAUGAUUGCAGGCUUCCUGAUCGAAAUAUUCGGACUCAUCUUCUUCGUGCUCACGAUCGUUGCCCUUCUCACGCCCAGUGGAAGUGGAAGUUUUCUAUUCAUCAUCGGCGGGGUGUUGACCGCUCAGCGAGGCGACGCGGCCAUCAAAGCGCUGAAGAAAAGCAAGAGGAACGCACCUCCAUCAGCAUUUCCUAGCAUAUUCCAGAUCCAGCAAGUUGUGUAUGAAUACCCUGGCAACGUGUAGCCAGGGUGUCAUCCGGCGAACAUAAACCGAACGACGGAUCAAGGACGGAACAAGUUUAGACGGGACUG